AUGAGUGUAUCUGAGCCAAGUGAUGAAGCAGCAGGAGCUGCUCAUUUACAAACAAUAUUAAGUUUAAUACAAUCUCUAACUAAAGUUGAUGAAAGAAAAUUACAACAUGUCGAUAGGGACCCUUUGAUAGCGGGGUUAUUACAAUUUCGCGAGAUCAUGUUCGAUCAUGAAGAAGAAAUUAAAUAUUGGUUCGGCUCAACGUUACAUCUCGAUCUAGAAUUUGAUACAGCUACUCCUAAACAGGAUCCUCGAGCUCUUUUUGGACAAUGCUUGACUAUUCUUUACAACAGACUCUCCACUCAUUUGAGUUCUUUAAAAACUAAAGUUGCGGAUCAAUUUAUUAUAUUAUCAGUGCCUGAAAUUAAAAUGAUCUCCGGAUCGCUACAGUUCUAUAUUGUGUCUCAAUGUUUACCAUACUUAGAUGAAGGCGUCGGUAUUGAUAUUAGAAAGAGAUCGAAGUUUAUAAAGAUGUGGACAAGAAAAGUAAAAAGUUCUUCUGUUCAAUGCGAGCAACUCAUUGUUGCCUUUAAAACAUUGCGAUCUCUGAUGGAAUGCAAUGAAGCUAUCGAAGCUCAUAUUUUGAAAUAUCAUGUUCAGGAUGUUCUCGCGAUUUAUGAGCAGGUUCGUCAUAUCAGCAACUCGAAUGGAGUCGAAUUACAUGUUCAAGAGGAUGUGUUUCACACUGUUCCUAAACCAAUUUUAAUUCCAACUAUAAUUGGUAUGCUGAAAGCAGCACCACCUUCUUGGCUCGCGACUGCUUUGGGUAAACGUUUGAGCGAUGAAUUGAUGGCAGAAGGUGGCCUUCGCAAUAUUAUUGACGCUUACGCUGAAUUAUGCGACGAUAUGUGGGGUCGAGCUCCUCUGUUGGGACUGAUUGCAAGGCAAAUCGCAACUCCUCCAUCUUGUCAACCAAUCGGUAUUUAUUACGAGAACAUCAUCGAGCAAUUUAUCAUAUUGACUACGGUUCGCGUUUACCCUAAACCCGGAUUAGCAUGUUUGUUAUCGUCUUUUGUUCAAGAAGUAUAUAUCAGAUCUCCUCCAUUAUGUAACUCCCUCAUAGUCGACAGGUUAUUCUUACCUUGGGAGACUAUAUACAAUGAGAAGAAGGAGUCUUGUGAACUGGAAAAGAAGCAUCUCUCAGCUAUUACUGCUCUUUCUUUACUUCUGGACGACAAGCUUAUGCCUCGAGUUUUGAUGGAGUGCAAAAGAUUACCUCCAUUGGUUCCUUUAUUACUUGACAUAGUCAGCAGUAAGAUAGAUAAUCCUGUUAGAGCCAUUUUAACUUUACGCGAGAACGCUGUGAAAAUUCUUAUCGGAACCAUUGAUCGUAUUGUCAACAAGGGUGAAUUUGUGAUGUGUUUGUUACGUAUCAAUAGUGGUAGUCGAUUUAAAGUGACUAGUAAAUCUCAAAAGAAAUGGGUUGAAGUGAUAGAUCCCAAGAAGGUGACCAUGUCCUUGGAUGAAGAUUGUCCCGUUAUGAUGGAGCAUGAGUAUACUUAUGAGAUGGAAAAGUUGUUGAUCAGUCGACUUGAAGCCUUAUUCACGCUACCUGAUGUCAAUAGAAUGGCUCAUAUGAAUAUUGAAAUUCUAUGCGAGUUCAUGGAAAUGUGGAUGAAAUCAGACGACCUCGAUGCAGAAAAAGCUGAAGAUGGUGACGGGACUCCAAAAAUCAAUUUCGAUUGUUUAGCAUCUCAUGUAUUUGGUACAAUCUUCUUUGAUAGAUUGAUCACUGAUAUGGACACGUCCAAUCCUCAUGUUAUCAAAUCAGUAACCAAAUUUGUGACGAUAACGUUCAAAUGUUGUGUCAAGACGAUUCGUCAACUGGAAGAACACCAGAAGAAGUUCGAUAUCGUUCGCAGGGAUCAUCUGGACGAAGUUACAGAUCGAGCUACUCUGUACCAAAUAAGAAUAGACUCCCUGAAAGUAGCCUUGAAUCUUUCAUCAGCUAUCAUAACCACCGAGGCAUUGAAUGAUACAUUCUCCGAUGAUGUGCUCGGAUUAGCCCAACAACUGAUUGAAGUUAAAAACUUAGAAACAAAGAGUGAAGAUCUCAAGAAAAUUAUUCGUCACGCUGCUGAGCUUCUUGAUAUUAUGGAAGUCGUACGUGGAGGCAAACCUCUAACUGAGGCAGAACCAAAGAAGGUGAAAUUCCCUGCAAAGCCUGAACGAUCCGGAGAUCUGCAAGAUCUACUUAACGUUUUGAGUAAAGUCGAACUUACGUGCCCAGAUGCUUUAGCCAUAGCAGGACAUUCACUUCUAUGCUUAACUCAAGGAGUUAGAAAUAGGGAAGAGAAGUAUCUUGAGGUUAUCGACAGGUGGAUUUUGAAUAUCGCAAAAAAUUUCAUCACUCAUGAGGAUACUUAUGUUUCUUUAAACGCUGUCAAUCUUCUCACUGAAAUAGUGAAUUACGCUCCAAAAUAUUUAACGCACAUGCUUGAACUAAUAAAGACAGGAGAAAAAGAGAAAGAACUGGAAGCAGAGAUUGUUGAGAAGAACAUUAUUUUGAAGAUCAAUGUUGGAGAAGCUGUAAGCAAAGUUUUCAAAGUCAUGGGUUCUGCUGCGACUAUGUAUAUCGAUGAAGCAGCUUCUGUUUUGAUCGAUGAAAUGCAGAAAGGUCCGGAUCUCACACGUGCGAGUGCAUUCACAUGCUUUUCUGAAAUAGUUCUCGCGUGCAGAGGACGUAAUAUAGCUAAACAUUUUGCCUUUCUAAACGCGGCGAUUAUGCAGGGAAUGAGUCCAAGUGAACCAAUUCUUAUUCGUAGGGCAGCCAUAUUCUUAUGCCGUCAAUACCUUAAAUCUUGUGGGUCGGAUCUAGUUGAAAUUUGUGGGCCAUAUCUGAGGGAUUUGAGAAGGACUCUAGUCAGAAUCUGGGAAGUCGAUCAGGAUAAUGUGAUGCGUGUUCACGCUCAAAUUUGUAUCGAAGAAAUUCAAAACUGUCUCAAAUCCAACAUUGAACAAACACUAAGUUAUCAAUUCAAGAAAGUUAACAUGUAG